GUUUCGGGUGAAGACUGUAUAAGUCGAACGAUUAUCGACACACCCUUAGUCAUAACAUUUUAAAUUAAUCAUUCCAAUAUGAAAUAUCUCAUUUUAAGUUGUAUUUUGUUUAGUGUUUUGCUUUUUAAAAGCUGCAAUGGGCAACGAACGCCAUCCAUUAGUUACAUAUCACAAGAACAAAUCAAAGACAUUGGUGGAACUGUUGAAUUAGACUGCAGUGUUCAAUAUGCCAGGGAGUACACCGUUGUGUGGAUUAAAACUGGAAGAAGUCAUUCAGAUUAUGUCUUCUUAUCAACUGGAUCAUCAUUAGUGAUCAAGGAUUCGCGCUUUGCACUCCGUUUUGAUGGAGCAUCUUCGACUUACACACUUCAAAUUAAAGACAUCCAGGAGACGGAUGCUGGAGUUUAUCAAUGCGAAGUUGUCUUAUCUGUUAAUAACAAGAUCACUGCAGAGGUUGAAUUAUCUGUUCGCCGUCCGCCAAUUAUCUCAGAUAACUCUACCCAAUCACUUGUAGCUUCAGAAGGUCAAUCAGUUGUUAUGGAAUGUUAUGCAUCGGGAUAUCCAACGCCUACAAUUAUUUGGAGACGUGAAAAUAAUGCUUUAUUACCAACAGGUGGAAGCACAUACAAUGGAAACGUCAUGAAGAUCACGUCAGUACGUAAAGAAGAUCGUGGAACAUAUUAUUGCGUAGCUGAUAAUGGAGUAAGCAGAGGUGAUCGAAGAAAUAUCAAUUUGGAAGUUGAAUUUUCGCCUGUCAUCACAGCCCCACGUCCACGACUUGGUCAAGCUCUCCAAUAUGACAUGGAUUUGGAAUGUCAUAUUGAAGCUUACCCGCCACCAGCAAUCAUCUGGGUUAAAGACGACAUAAUUCUGUCAAACAACCAACAUUACAGCAUUUCCCAUUUCGCAACUGCUGACGAGUUCACUGAUUCCACACUUCGUGUCAUUACAAUUGAAAAACGUCAGUAUGGAGAUUAUAAAUGCAAAGCUGUUAAUAAGCUUGGGCAAGACGAAGCAAAGAUUCAUCUCUUCGAGACGGUUAUUCCAGUUUGUCCCCCAGCUUGUGGUCAAGCUCAUUACAGCUCAGGAAAAUCAUUAAAUGGAUCAUCAAUCACAGCAUCAUCUCUUGCAAUUUUAAUUGCGCUCGUCUAUGCAUUCUUUAAAAAGUAAUUUCUACUUUGACAAUUUUUUCUAAGAAAACUUUUCCGUCCCUUUUUGUCUGAAACAUUCCGAUAAUUAUAAUUAUAGAUCUGUCUUAUCUAAGUAAUCUCGAAAGUGUCUUACACAGAAAUUUUAAUUGUUCAAACCGCCUUAAUUAUAAGCCUUAAAUUAGACGUAAUUUUUCUCUGUGAAAUGAUUGAAAUUAUAUUAUCAAAUAUUUUGACAAAUGUAACGAAAUAUGACAAAAUAAAUUUUUUAAACACAAA